GCAGCAGUGAAAUCAUCGCUACCUACCUCAGUGAGUAAAAUACGUCCAGGGAAGGAGGUUGUAGCAGAGAAAACAUGGCUGCGUCUCAAGGAUUCUCAACAUUAUGCGAAAAUUCGAAUGAAGUGUUUCUAGACGUCGCGAAAUUGUUGAUCACCUAUGCCGACAACAUUCUUAGGUAAUAAUGUCAGUGUGCUUGAAUGUAAGUGAAAAACAUAGCCUAGCUAACUUUGCUGGUUAGCUUAUAAUGCUAGCCUCCUUACUAACCAUCUAGAUUAUUUAGCUCAUAGCUAGACAUUAUGCAGUGUCAUCUUGUUGAAAAGAAAAUGGAAAUACGAGGCGACUACAAACUACUGAAACCGUCACGCGCAAAGCUAUCAUCCGCUUGAGGCGCGAGCGCUUGUUACAUCGUAAUGACAUUUAUUUGCCUCUUGGAAACGAUUGGAACAAAUGUAGCUACUUAUCUCUAGCUCAACUUUCUCUCAUGCAGCUGCUGAGAAACGUAUGAAAAUUGCUACAAGGAACUCAAAAUACCUGCCAGAUCUUCACAUACCGACAUAACAUACAGUGCCUUGCAACAGUAUUCAGACCCCUUGCCUGUUGGAUUAUAUCACAUUUUAUUCUUAUAAAGUGGAAUAAAAAUUGCAAUAUGAUUUGUCAACAAUCUACACAAUACUCGUGUCUAAGUGGAUAAAAAAUCUACAUUUUUUUUUUUGGGGGGGGGGUGGGGUGGGGGGGGGGGUGAAUAAAAAUCUAAUAACAAAAAUAUAGUCGUUGUACUAGUAUUCAGCUCCCUGAGUGAAUACAUGUUAGAAUCCUUUGGCAUCGAUUACAGCUGUCUUCUUGGGUAAGUUAGCUGCAAAAUGCAGAAGUCGCUCUGCCAUUUCCUUGUUGCUAAAAUUGUAAUAGUUCGCCUAAUUUCAGUUUGUGACAACAAUGUAUAGUGUAGAUAAUCAUUGUACCAUCUAAGCCGCUGUGAAAUAUCUUUGCAAUAACCAAAAAAUAUUGUAUUUUCUGCUUUAUUUAAGCUAGUGUACAAAACCGAAAGUAACACGCAAAAAUUACAUUUAAGCACGGGAAGCAUAGAAAUAGGGCUUCUUAGAGUUGCUUUCAAUGAGUGACAGAUCUAUAACUCACAUUUCUAUGUAAAUUUGGUCGUCCUCCAAAAAGUUACAUAUUGCAGCUUUAAAAUUAUGGGAGUUGUCUGAGUCCUUUUUGGGUAAAUCUCUAAUCGCUUUGCACACCUGGAUUGUGCAAUAUUUGCCCAUUUAUUCUUUUCAAAAUUCUUCACCUCUGUCAAGCUGUUGGGGAAUCAUGGCUAGACAGCAAUUGUCAUGUGUUGCCAUAGAUUUUAAAGCCAAUUUAUGUCAAAACUGUAACUUGGCCACUCCGGAACAUUCACUGUCUUCUUGGUAAGCAACUCCAGUGUAGAUUUGGCCUUGUAUUGUAGGUUAUUGUCCUGCUGAAAGGUGAAUUCCUCUGCCAGUGUCUGGUGUAAAGCAGACUGACUGAAGCAGGUUUUCCUCUAGCAUUAUGCCUGUGGCUAGAUCCAUCCCUUUUCUUUUUAUCCUGAAAAACUCCCCAGUAUUUGCCGAUGUCAAGCAUACCCAUACCAUGAUGCAGCCACCACCAUGCAUGAAAAUAAGGAGGCAGUUACUCAAUGAUUUGUUGGAUUUGCCCCAAAUAUAAGGCUUUGCAUUUAGGCCAAAUAGUGUAUUCCUUUGCUGUGUUUUUUCUCCCUCUCAGUAUUACUUUAGUGCCUUGUUGCAUACAAGAUGCAUGUUUAGGAAUAUUUUUGUAUAUAUAUAUUUUUUUCACACUGUCAUUUAGGUCAUUAUUGAGAGACACUACAAUGUUGUUGUUCCAUCCUCAAGAAUGGCCUCAUGGUAACAUCGCUGAGCAGUUUCAUUCCUGUCCUGCAGCUCAGUUCAGAAGGACUACUAUCUUUGUGUCUGGGUGGUUUAAUACAUAAUCCAAUGCGUAAUUAUUAACUUGACCAUGCUUAAAGAGAGAUUCAAUGUCUGAUUUGUUAUUGUUACCCAUCUACCAAUCACUGCCCUUCUUUUACGAGGCUUUCGAAAAGCUCCUUGGUCUUUGUAGUUAAAUCUGUGCUUGAAAUUCAAUACUUGACUGAGGGACCUUACAGAUGUUGUAUGUAUGGGGGACAGAGGAAGGGUUAGUCAUUCAAAAAUAAUGUCAGCCUGUAUUAUUUCACACUGUUGUAGUCCAUGUAAUUUAUUAUGUGAUUUGUUAAGCCAAAUUGUAUUCCUUAACUAAUUUAGGCUUGCCUAAACAAAAGGGAUGAAUACUUAUGCAACGAUUAUUUUAAUUAUUAAUUUUGUAUUUAAAUGACAAUUAAAUCUAUUUUAAACCCACUUUGCAACACAAUAAAAGUUAAGAAAUCCAAGGAGUCUGAAUACUUUUGCAAGGCAUCCAAUGCAUAUUCACUACCUAAGAUAUUUGUGAAUGUCCUUACAGGAAUCCCAAUGAAGGCAAAUACAGGUCUAUUCGAAUAGGGAACCCUACAUUUUCCACCAAACUCCUGCCUAUCAGAGGGGCAGUGGAGUGCCUCUUUGAGAUGGGCUUUGAGGAGGUAGGCUACUGUUGUCGUCAUCCUUAUUCUAAAAACACACUGAUUGAAUGUCAUUGAAAUGUCAAGAAAGAUGUAUGCAUGACUACCUUUGAAAAGUUCAACAUAAGUGAACAUGCCAGAAGCCUAGAUGCAUGUCUUUUGGGAUGUAUUUUUAUCUGGAUGUCUCCCUCUCUCCUCAGGCUGAAACUCACCUGGUGUUCCCCAAGUCUGCCUCUGUGGACCAACUGAGGAGAAUCCGGGAGUCCAUCGCUGCAGAAAGGGAUCAGAGACUGGGUGUGGGGCAGCCCCAACAGUCUCCUGUGACAGCGAGUGCCCCAGCCCUAACCUCAGCCCCAGCCCAUGGUCCACCUGUUACUGCCAGCCUGCCAGCUAGACAAACCCCUGCACAAGCACCUUCCUUGGUAAAGCUUCAGUCUUGUGUUUAGGAUAAUUUCUCUCUGAUACACUCUACUUUUCUUUGUCAGUAAACAAUUGCAUCCCUUAAAUUUAACUCUCUCCCCUCUUCUCUCAUCUCUCUCUCUCCCUCCUCUCUCACCCCUCCUCUCUCACCCCCUCCUCCCUCCCUCCCUCCCUCUGUUUCUGUUCACCAGGAAAGCAGUAUGAUCUUCCUGACCACCCUUCAGUCUAACUUCCAGCAUGUGAUGGAGUAUGAGAACUCAGAGCUACAGCAGAAAGCUCUAGACGUUAUACCACACCAGCAGCUGACCACUGCAGUCAAGGAGAAACUACAGCAGAGCAAGCAGGCUGAUCCAGGUAACACCAACCCCGUAGUUCAGAGUUCCUAUUCAGGUUUAACCUCAUUCCCAGUCUCAAUUGCUACUGUCGGCUGGCAGAUGAGAUGAAUUCAGGCUAAACCAGUUCUACUGUGCUUUAUAAACGCUGGGUGGAUUGCAACGAAGACGCGGAACUUCACAUGGAGCACCGUGUUGGCGGAGUGUUUCUUAAAACGAUACUAACGGGAGAUUACAUGCACCUGCGUGCUAAAAUAAGCUUGAUUGCAAUGGAAAAACUCACAACAAUAAACCGGUGAUUUAGCUGAUCUUACGUUGAUACCAGACAGCUGCAACUGUCCUUGUCUAGGUUCUCUAUUCCCACCCCCAAUGAAAUAACGACUUCUCAGGAGGAUCAGAAGCCGUAAGGCUGAUGAAUGUAAAAUACUUAUUCGAAGAAUAUAAGUGCCUAUACUUCAUUCAAAAGUUUAAUCUUAAAUGGCAAAAUAAUAUGUGUACCAUUUGAAGUAAUGUUAUUAGACUACAUUUUAAUUUGAUAAAAAAUUAUAGAUUAUAUAACUAAUCUCGAUUGAGUUGAUUUAGUUACGUAUUUAAAACAUUGACCAUGCAGAUAUUUCCCCCCGGUCUUGAUAAGAAAUGACUAUACUUUUUAAAGACAAAUUGUAAUUAAUGGAUUACAUUAAAUUGUAAAUGAAAAAUGUAUGAGGCUGGGUAAAUUACCACAGACAUCCGCUUUAGGGAAUGGUAAAUCGGUGGCCAAUGAUGGUUGCAAUUGAGAUCAGCCGUGCGGGUAAUUUUAGCGCGUAUUGAUGGUUUAACGAGACAUUACCUUGUUUUUGUUGCAAUAGGCCUAAUAAUAAUUAUUAAAACAACAACAACAAGAACACCGUUGCUACCUCACUCCACAGCGAAGGUGCAUGAAUAAAGGAGCAAACUCUUCAGAGCUUGUAAUCAAACAGUUCAGAUGUUGAUUGUAUUUCUGGAUGUCCAUGAACUUUAAAGACGUUUAUCCUUGCUUUGACCGUAUUCCUGUCUCUCUCCGGUCUUCAGAUUGCAACCUGAGUGAAGAGGACCUACUGGUGCUGGCGCUGCUCCGCUGGUUUAAAGAGGAGUUCUUCUCCUGGGUGGACUACCUGCCUUGCAGCCACUGUGGGGGUCCAACCCAGUCCUCAGGCCCACUGGCCCCAUCUACAGAGGACCUUCGCUGGGGAGCCCAGAGGGUAGAGAACCAUCACUGUCAGGCCUGUAACCACUCUACCAGGUUCCCCAGGUGGGUUCAAUGAGUCAGUGUUUUCCCAAUCAUUAUAUAUCACAACUGUUUCAAAGAUAAGCUGGAACGUGGUCCUACGAGGCCUUUUGGUAGGAGCGUGGUGCUAACAAUGCCAAGGUCGUGGGUUCAAUUCCUGCAGGGAUUAUACUUAAAAAGGGAUGCACUCACUACUGUAAGUCACAUUGGAUAAAAAUAUAUGCUAAGGGACAUAUUAAGACAUCACUCUCCUCUGUAUGCAGGUACAACAACCCUGAGAAGCUGCUGGAGACCAGGAGAGGGCGCUGUGGGGAGUGGGCCAACUGUUUCACCCUGUGCUGCAGAGCCCUGGGCCUGGAGGCCAGGUAUAUCUGGGACAGCACAGGUACUGUAACACUCUAUUCAUUCAUGUUAAAGCACAGAUACUGUUACUGGAGGCUCUACUAAUUAAGACCGGUUCAGGAGGGGUUCUCUCAACAUGUUCCUGUUGUUCUGUGUUAAAGUAUGACCGCUUUCCCAUUCUCUGCACUUAUCUCUGGAGAGGUUUAUUGACGACAUGCAGGAAUUUGCUCCAUGGCUGUUUAUCCUAUUCUAUUCUCAACUAUUUCUAACUGACCAUAACUGUGCAUCUCCGCAAAUACUGUAUGGCAGAUAUGUCAUUAAUAUGUUUGCCUGUACCUUGUCCUGUCCCAGACCACGUGUGGACAGAGGUGUACUCUGCCUCUCAGCACCGCUGGCUGCACUGUGACUCCUGUGAGAACGCCUGUGACAAACCUUUGCUCUAUGAGAUCGGCUGGGGCAAGAAACUAGCCUACGUUCUGGCUUUCUCCAAGGACCAGGUGAGGAACACACUCGGUCUCACACAGAAUGUAGACUUUGUAGGUGCCAGAGAGAGUAGUUGGCGUUUCCCACUGAAAAUGCCUUGUUCAACCAUCUUGACCACUGCUACCACUUGUGGCUAAACACAAAGCAAUAGUGAGCAUUCACUUAGGCCCAAUCUGUUAACGUAUGAAGAGAUGCUUGACCUAAUCUCUUCACGCGUGCUUAGCUUGAUUAUACACACUUCAGAAUCAAAUGAGUCAAUAAGUCUCUAGCUGUGGCUUGUAGAGUUUUCAGGAUGUUAGGAGUGUGUUGUGCUGCAGGUGGUGGAUGUGACCUGGAGGUAUUCCUGUAAGCACCCAGAGGUCCUGUCCAGACGGACCAAGGUCCAGGAGCCCUGGCUGCUACACACCAUCAACGGGCUCAAUGCUGUGGUAGGUUCACCUCAGAAUUCCACCACUUUUUAACCUCAUAUAUUCAGCACCAAACCAGUGUCUACAUAUGUGUAAACAGGUAUAAUGCUUCACUUGUUAUGAGCAUAUACAGUACCAGUCCAAAGUUUGGACACACCUACUUAUUCAAGGGUUUUUAUUUAUUUUUAGUAUGAGGGGUUGGAGAGAGGGCAGAGAGUCUGACAUGGUCUCUCCACACACUGUCUCUGUCUAUGAUGGGGGAUUCAGCCAGGGAUUGGCCCUCUACUUCCGUUGGAACAGCUUGAGAAGAGGGAGCUCAUACUCUUGACUCUUUGGGGUCAGAUUGGAACUGCUUUUCCGACCAGCUCUAGAGAUUCCUGAGGGUCUGUAGCCUAUACGUGACGGCCAUGAGAAGUGCUUUUUCGGUUACAUGGAUGUUAAUCAGAUGAUUAUAAAUGUGUGUUAUUUUUUCUCAGUUAAAGCGCUUGAUUGGCCGUUUAAACUCAUUGUUUUUUUAUUUUAAGUCAACCAUUUUGGUUGUAAUUACGCCUGUCUAGUAAAAAAAUCCAAUCAUAAUAGACAGUUUCAGCCUUAAUUAUGAUUUGCCUGUGGUUCUGAGGCACAUGAAAAGGCCCGUAAUUGAGGAAAGGGAGGAGGGAGGGAAUAAUAGUGAAGACAUCAAAACUAUGAAAUAACGUAUAUGGAAUCAUGUAGUUACCAAAAAAGUGUUAAACAAAUCAAAAUAUAUUUUAGAUUCUUCAAAGUAGCCACCCUUUGCCUUGAUGACAGCUUUGCACACUCUUGGCAUUCUCUCAACCAGAUUCACCUGGAAUGCUUUUCUAACAGUCUUGAAGGAGUUCCCACAUAUGCUGAGCACUUGCUGGCUGCUUUUCCUAAACUCUGCGGUCCAACUCAUCCCAAACCAUCUCAAUUGGGUUGAGGUCAGGUGAUUGUGGAGGCCAGGUCAUCUGAUGCAUCACUCCAUCACUCUCCUUAUUGGCCAAAUAGCCCUUACACAGCCUGGAAGUGUGUUUUGGGUCAUUGUCCUGUUGAAAAACAAAUGAUAGUCCCACUAAGCGCAAACCAGAUGGGAUGGCGUAUCGCUGCAGAAUGCUGUGGUAGCCAUGCUGGUUAAGUGUGCCUUGAAUUCUAAAUAAAUCACAGACAGUGUCACCAGCAAAGCACCAUCACACCACCUCCUCCAUGCUACACGGUGGGAACCACACAUGCGGAGAUCAUCCGUUCACCUACUCUGCGUCUCACAAGGACAUGGCGGUUGGAACCAAAAAUCUUCAAUUUGGACAGAUUUCCACCGGUCUAAUGUCCAUUGCUCGUGUUUCUUGGCCCAAGCAAGUCUCUUCUUCUUAAUGGUGAACUUUAGUAGUGGUUUCUUUGCAGCAAUUCAACCAUGAAGGCCUGAUUUCACGCAGUUUCCUCUGAACAGUUGAUGUUGAGAUGUGUCUGUUACUUGAACUCUGUGAAGCAUUUAUUUGGGCUGCAAUCAGAGGUGUAGUUACUCUAAUGAACUUAUCAUUUACAUUUAAGUAAUUUAGCGACUUACAAAUUGGUGCAUUCAACUUAGGAUAGCCAGUGGGACAACCACCCUUUUUUUUAUGGGUGUGUGGGGGAGGGGGGGUAGAAGGAUUACUGUUAUACUAUUCCAGGUAUUCCUUAAAGAGGUAGGGUUUCAAGUGUCUCCGGAAGGUGGUCAGUGACUCCGCUGUCCUGGCGUCGUGGGGGAGCUUGUUCCACCAUUGGGGUGCCAGAGCAGCGAAUAGCUUUGACUGGGCUGAGCGGGAACUGCGCUUCCGUAGAGGUAGGGGGGCUAACAGGCCAGAGGUGGAUGAACGUAGUGCGGUCCUCAUGAGAGCCAGUUUCAUCAUAGCGCUUGAUGGUUUUUGCAACUGCACUUGAAGAAACUUUAAAAGUUCUUGAAAUUUUCCGGAUUUAAUAACCUUCAUGUCUUUAAAGUAAUGAUGGACUGUCGUUUCUCUUUGCUUAUUUGAGGUGUUCUUGCCAAAAUAUGGACUUGAUCUUUUACCAAAUAGGGCUAUCUUCUGUAUACCCCCCCCCCCCCCACACCUUGUCACAACACAACUAAUUGGCUCAAACGCAUAAAAAAAGGAAAGAAAUUCCACAAAUGUCUUUUAAGAAGCACACCUGUUAAUUGAAAUGCAUUUCUGGUGACUACCUCAUGAAGCUGGCUGAGAGAAUGGCAAGAGUGUGCAAAGCUGUCAUCGAGGCAAAGGGUGGCUACUUUGAAGAAUCUCAAAUAUAAAAAAAAUUUAACACGUUUUUGGUUAGUACAUGAUUCCAUAUGUGUUAUUUCAUAGUUUUGAUGUCUUGACUAUUAUUCUACAAUGUAGAAAAUAGUAAAAAUAAAGAAAGAAAACCCUUGAAUGAGUAGGUGUGUCCAAACCUUUGACUGGUACUGUAUGAUAUGCAAUUUGUGUAGAGACACCUCUCAUUUGGUGCGGUAGAUUGUAAACCUACAAGCAAUUUAAUUCAAAAGGAGGCUUAUUAAAUGUAUUUUUUAAACUAGAUUUUUUUUAGGCUUAAUGGCCCUGAAUUUGCCAGUCAGCUCAGGAGAUUAUGCAGCCCCUCACCCAUGCUGUUCUGGUAGCAGUCACACUACCCAGAGCCUGAUAACAUUCCUGUGUUUUAAUCUGUAGAGGGUAGCGCUCAGUCACCCAUUACUUUCCUGUAUUCAUUUCCAGAGGCAGCAGUCCCUGAGCUCUGAGAGGAAGAAGGAGCUGUUAGAGAUGCUUCUAGUGGAGCUGGUGGAGUUUAUAUCUCCUAAGACACCCAAACAGGGUGAUCUGGGGGGACGCAACUCUGGCUCCCUGGCCUGGAAGGCUGCCCGUGGGGAGACAGGACUAGGGACUACCCCAUCAGUGAGAUAUACAGCUGUGUUACUGAGUCAAACAACUGGUUACUUCCUUGCAUGUUUGUGGACCCACUGGGACCACUGAUAUGAAAAAUGUAUGCAUGCAUGACUGUAGUCGCUUUGACUGUAAUCGCUUUGGAUAAAAGUGUCUGCUAAAUUAUUAUUAUUAUUAUUAUUAACUUUAAUGGUCCUUUGAGUCGGAUAGGAACACUUGUCUUGGAAUUUGGGGACCAGUGGGGGCAACAGCUCUUUUAAAUGAAUGUGUUUGUGUUUCUCUCUCCCCCCCCCCAGGCUGCUGCAGCAGAGUUUGUGUUUGUUCCGACUGAGAAGGAGAAAAGUGGGAGAGUAUUCCAUCUGCGGUACAACUCCACCAAGGAUCACUACUGCAGGGUGUCCAAUGACAGUGAGGACAUUCAGGGCUGGGACAAGACUGUGUGGAGGAAAGAGUCUGUCCUCAGGAAGCUGGAGAAUGACUGGCAGAUGGUUAGUUUUCAUCCAUGAUAUGUCAUAAACGACAAGAUGCAACGCUCUUAUUGAUUCAAUGCAGUUCUUGUAUUGACACAUCAAUGGGAUACUUUGUUGCUUUUCUGUCAUUUUUCUAUUGGUCAGUCUUUGUGAUCGUUAAUUCAAGGGCAUGACUAUUUUGCAGAACCAAUAAUAAAGAAGUUGCCUUUAUCAAUAUAUCCAACCUUUGGAUAUGUUGCUUCUAUAGGAUGUGUGUAUCUCAACUGUAAAUGUUUCCAUAUUUAUGCUGUAUUUUUCCUGUCAGUAAAUGCGCUCUAUGCCCUGUCAGGUGUAUCUAGCUCGUACAGAGGGCUCAUCGUCAGGGAACAUCAGUUGGAAGUUGGACUGUGCUCCUGUAAGAAUGAAGAUAAAGACUGUCUCAGUCAGAGCAUGCAGCCAGACCUUUCACUCUGGAACCGUCCGCUGGAGUCUGCAGUCUGGACAGAACACCACAGAGUUCUCAGGAGGUUGAUGGAUGAUUGAUAGAUUUUUGUCAGAUAGAUUUUUGUCUGGUUUGUGUGACCCAUCCCUUUCAGGAUUAAGUUGGAAGCCUUUUUUCAAAUCGACUUAAAGUGCUAAUUGUAUACUGGUACUUAGUGAUUUGUAAAUGUAAAACGGAUAUAUUAUGAUUUGAUAAUCAGGUGUGACAGUGAACGACAUUGAUUUGCAUGUGCACUUAAAUUAUAUAUUUUUUCUUCCUUAUCCUGCAUAACAAUGGCUAAAUGUUUUGUCAUGUUUUUGAACACAGACGGGGAGAUGCAUUUGGUUGCGGGUCUUUCUGGAUCCUCUGAGUUGGUCGUGGAGGCGGAGCUAGCUGGAGGAGAGGGAGAGUCGUCAUGGCAACACUCCCAGCUGUUCCGGCGGAGUUUGAAUGAGCUUGAGGAAUCCUCGUUGGAAAUCCUCGUUGAGAUGGAAGAGGAGGACGCUUGAUGAUGGAGACACUGUGCAUUCGAUGGCGAUCGCGCUGAGCAAGGCGCUGCUAUGUUGGUUCGCUAAUCUUCAUCACGUAAUGAGUAGUUAUUUUGGGAUGCAACAUGAUGUAUAGAUCAGUGAUUCUGCUCAGUGCCUUGCUCAAGAUCAGGGGUGUCAAUCUCAUUCCAUGGAGGGCCAAGUGU